CUCUAUGUCACGGUGCAUGCGUCACUCACUGUUCAGACGCCCUUGUCCCCUCUACAGCCCCUCCCUCUCCCUCCCUCCCUCGCUGGUCUCUUACGUAUAUAACCAUCGCUACCUUCCUCCUUCAGGCAGUGCCCAUUCGUCUGCUGUAGGAUGAAGGUCUCCGGUGUUGUGGCCCUGCAGGUGUUGGUGUCCGUGGCCAGACUCGUCUCGGGCCACUCCAUCGAGUUUGGCCGUUGCAGGAGUGUUGCCGCCGACCCUCACUUCCACCCGGACGAGCUGACGGGGCUGUGGUACGUGAUCGAAAUGUUCCGGACGGGCAGCCACUGCAUGACGCUCACGUUCGCGCGCACGGCCGAGGGCUUCACGGGGACGGAGGUGCGGGAGCUGGCGGCGGUCAGGGCGAUCGGCCUCGACCACACCGUCUCCAACACCGGCGUCUUCACCAUCAGGAGCAUGGACUACCCCGCCGUCAUGAAAGUGCGCUGGCCCUCAGUGUUCAUCGACAAGCCGGCGGAGGUGACGGUAGUGGACACGGACGGGGACAACUUCGCGGUGCUUUACGAGUGCCAGACGCUGUGGGUGUUUCGGCGAACCUCCGCGGUCAUCCUCAGCCGGACACCCACCCUGCCCGACGACCUGCUGGCGAGGAUAAAAGAAGACCUCGUCAAAAUGAACAUUAAAGUUCAGAAGUUCGACAAGAUCAAACACGACGAGCACUGCAAGACGCUGGGAAAGGCCGACCUCAACCUCGACCUCAACCUCCUCCUCAGACACGUGAAGGAGCGGUGGGCGCGGAGGGGCGGGAGCGGGAGGGGGAGCGGGCCCGUGGCUUCACCGCUGGUAUCCCCAAAGCGACCACCGUCCAGCCCCAGACGACCUUCCAAACGAAACUAAUGUGAAGGAUUUGAGCGUCGCUACUACGCCUUGUCGCCGAGACCUCCCAAAUAACGUUAAAAGAAAUUAGGAGGAUAUGCUCGAUCUCAGGGACCUUACAACUAACGUGAAAUAUUAGAUGCACUCGAUCUCAGAGUUCUUCAGACGAUUGCUGUUGAGAUUUUCAUUUCGUAGUCAUGAAAGAAGACUUAUAUACCCUACUCGAUCUCAGAGUUCUUUAGACGAUUGCUGUUGAGAUUUUAAUUUCGUAGCCGUGAAAGAAGACUUAUAUACCCUACUCGAUCUCAGAGUUCUUUAGACGAUUGCUAUUGAGAUUUUCCUUUUGUAGCCGUGAAAGAAGACUUAUAUACCCUACUCAAUCUCGGGGUUCCUCAAACGAUUGUCUCUGGGACCUUUCUUCUGUGGGCGUGAAAGAAGACAUACCUACUCGAUCUCGGGGUUCUGCAAAGGAUUGUUGGCGAGACCUUCCAACUAACGUGAAGGAAAACAUGUACUCGAUCUCAGGGUUCUGCAAACGAUAGUCUUCGAAACCUUCCAACUAACGUCGAAGGAAAGAUAAUUAUAUUCGAUCUCUGGGUUUUUUAUUUCUUUUUACUUGGGGUGGACUACGAGCAUGUUUCACUUUAUUUUAUUACCCACGCGCUCCAUUUAGAAGGCUCAUCUUAGUAUACCAUAAAGAUUUGUUUGCCUCCCGUCGUCUGGUAACUUGUCAUCUCUCUGUGAAGAAGUGGCGGCGGUUCACAGCAAUAUUAUAUACGCGACCUGUCUACUUUAUUCUAUCACUACUCUGUCCUCUUUCACUGCUCUCUUCACGUACAACUUCGAGAAAAAUGUCAUAUCUAAUUGUCAUAAAAAUAUACAUAUCGCUGGCCGUUUGCCCCGAGGUGCAGUGGU